UUAUUUAUUAGGUGAGCCCAUGCUGUCAUUGUACCUAGUUAAAUAAGGCAGAAUGGUGGUAGUGCAUUUCCUUGUCUCUGCAGCUUUGGUUUCAUUUCCUUGUUGCCCCUGCCCUGCCCUGCCCUGAUCUGCAGCUAAACCCCUCUUCCUAGCUAGAGGCAGGCUAGAGCACCUGCAAGAUGAAGAAGACGAAGACGCUCCUCCUCCUUUUUCUCUUGUUGGUCCUUGCCGUGGCCGUCGACGCGGCUGCUGCUGCUGAUCCACAACCACAACCACAGGCGCAGCAGCAGCACAGGAUAAUGAGGACCAGAUCCCUGCUUCAGGCUCCAAAACUAGACUGCCAUGGGGCGUGCUUGGGGCGGUGCGGCAACAACUGGAAGAACGAGAUGUGCAACAAGAUGUGCAAUGUCUGCUGCAACCGAUGCAACUGCGUGCCGCCGGGGACAGGGCAGGACACCCGUCAUCUCUGCCCCUGCUACGACACCAUGGUCAACCCACACACCGGCAAGCUCAAGUGCCCAUAGAUUCCAAUUCCAUUCAUGGGUUACACUAAACUGGCUUUGUAGGACUCUCUAGCUGUGAGCGAGCUUCGUGUGAAUCUCUGCUCUGCUCUCCAUGUAUCGAGUCGACUUUCAUGUGCAAUAAGCCCUAAACAACUUCCUUUUGAUGAUUCUC